CUCGUUAAUUGAGAGUUUAAUUGUUCACCUUGCCAUUGAACAAUUGACCAUUCGGAACGUGCUCCUUGAAAUUCGCAUAAAAGAACAAGCUCGACAGUAUACACCAUACCUGAUACUUAUCCCCUUGGAGAGUCCGACGUCCAAUUGACCAUAUAUCAUCACCUCAUCCAUUUUGGAAGGUCUCAAUUUCCCCCACCUUCCUAUCUCCAAACCCCAGGAACCGCAACCAUGAUCUCCUCACGAUCCACCAUUGUUCUUCAACGAUCCGCCAUCCACUCCUCACCUCUCAGACUCCCAAUCUCAGCACGACGCACAUAUGCCGAUGCCUCGGAACGCAUCAAAGGGAAAAAACAAGGCGGACCCGCACCUUAUAUCAUCGGAGCCGUACUCUUUUGCGUACCUCUCGGCUAUUACCUAUGGAGCAACGCCAGCCGCACCGCAGCCAAGGAACAGGCCCCUCUUCUACCGCAUCAGGGUUCCGGCGACCCCAUGAGCGGGCAAAAGGGACCCAGCAACGGCGUGGCGGACCAAACCAUCCCCCUUCUGUCGCGGAACCCGGACACGAGCAACAAGGGCGAGGACGCGGUCGAGACGGCUAAGAUCGUCGAGACGAUCCAGUCGGAACAGCCGACGAUCCGGAGGGAGAGCAUGAGGGAGAAUCAAGAGACAAGGGCGUAUCAGGACCCCAUCAAUAAGCCAUCGUAAUGAAAGAAUGGUAGGAUAGGGAGAACUAUGCUGGUGAGCGAAAGAAAAAGGCCGGAGCGAGGGGAUCGAA